AUGCUGAAGGUUUUGGUCGUCUUGGUGACCUGCCUCGUCGCCUCCACCGCCGCCCUGAAGCACUCGUGGCAGACUCCAGGCUGUCACAAAGUCGGCCACACCCGCCGGAUCAGCAUUCCCGAGUGCGUGGAGUUCGACAUCACCACCAACGCGUGCCGAGGGUUCUGUGAGUCGUGGUCGGUGCCCUCGGCCUGGCAGACGCUCCUCUAUAACCCCCACCAGAUCGUAACGUCUAUAGGCCAGUGCUGCAACAUCAUGGACACCGAAGAUGUGAAGGUGAAGGUCAUGUGCAUCGAGGGGCCGAGGGAGCUGGUCUUCAAGUCCGCCAGAACAUGCGCUUGUUUCCAUUGCAAGAAGUACUAG